AGUCAAUGCUCGUGUCAAAAGUGAAUGGCGGAUUCGAUUGUUGAUUGUUGAAAAAUUAUUUAGUUCGUCUCUAAUUUUUAUUCUGGGGGUAAAUUUCAUGUUUAUGUUAAACAGAUGGCAGCCGGCCGAAUUUGCGGAACCUGCUGCAGACCUAUAAGGGAUCGCUACAUUUUGCAAGUCGUGGACAAUUCCUAUCACGAACGCUGCCUGCAGUGCUACGCCUGCGGCGAUCGCCUCUACCAGACCUGCUUCGUAAAGGACUCCAAGCUGUUCUGUCGAAUAGAUUACGACAGGUUGUACGUGAAAAAGUGCUUCGGAUGCUCGGAACGGAUCACGCCCGAGGAGCUGGUGAUGCGUACCUGCGAAAGCGUCUUCCACGUCCGCUGCUUCGCGUGCGUCGUCUGCGGUAUGCGCCUACAAAAGGGCGAUCACUACGUCUUCAAGCAGGGCCAGGUGCUCUGCAAGCCCGACUACGAAAAGGAGGUGGAGAUGCUGCAGGGCUACUCGCACAGCGAGUACUUCUGCGACGAAAUAAUACCGUCGCCCCGAUCCGUCGACGGACGCAGGGGGCCCAAGAGACCGCGUACGAUUCUGACCACCCAGCAGCGUCGAGCCUUCAAGGCGUCUUUUGAAGUCAGCCCGAAGCCCUGCAGAAAAGUGCGCGAGGCGCUCGCCAAAGACACCGGCCUUAGCAUUAGAAUCGUACAGGUGUGGUUCCAAAACCAAAGGGCGAAGAUGAAGAAGAUGAAAAAGAAGGCCGGCCAGGAAAAGCUGGGCGGUGACUUGGACGACGACAAGAAGAUAGGCGUUAAAGAAGAAGAACAAAGUCCAGCGGCUUUCCUGAAUGACAGCUGCAGCGACUCAGAGACGGGGAAGGACGUUUUCUCCAGUAUAAAACAAGAGAGUAACCUAUUCCUGAACAUAAAGGAGGAGCAGGACAGCAAUGGGGCCUUCUUCAAACCCGACGGAGGUCAUCACCUGUCCAGUUCCGGUCUUACCGGCGGCGUUGACAAGUUUCAGAGUGGCUACGUCGGUUUUCCCUUCGCCAGUCUGGAUUCCGGUCAGCUUUCCAUGUUCUUAACGCCACCACCCGCGCACAAAAAUGUCGUAACGCACUCCGUUCACUUGGACAUCAAUCCGAUAGAUCGCUUGUACUCGAUGCAGAAUUCGUACUUUUGCGCUGAGGAACCUUCGAUAAUUGACCACUAGGACGUUUUCGUUGACGCUUCGCUUUUCGCAUUUGUUCUGUUAAUAAUGUCGAUGACUUAGUUUUAUAUACAUAA